UUCAUUUGUUGGCAAAAUAUUUAUGAUAAUAUGAAAUGUAUAUAAAAUGUUAGUCAAACUAAAGCUCCAACCCGCGUAAAAUUAAAGUAAAGUCACCUAUCAUCAGAGAAAAAUAAAUAACAAAUUCAAAAUGCCUUGUGAAGUGAUAACCUUACAACUUGGCCAAUGUGGCAAUCAAAUUGGAUUUGAAUUUUGGAAGAAAUUGUGUGCAGAACAUGGUAUUAGUCCAGAGGGAAUUUUAGAAGAUUAUGCGAUUGAGGGAACAGAUAGAAAAGAUGUAUUUUUUUAUCAAUCAGAUGAUGAACAUUAUAUACCAAGAGCAGUAUUAUUAGAUUUAGAACCUAGAGUAAUUCAUACAAUUAUGAAUUCUCAAUACUCAAAGUUAUAUAAUCCAGAGAAUAUUUUUUUAUCAAAACAUGGGGGUGGUGCUGGAAACAAUUGGGCAUCUGGUUAUCAUCAAGGAGAGAAACUUCAAGAAGAAAUUUUUGAUAUUUUAGAUAGAGAAGCUGAUGGAAGCGACAGUUUAGAAGGUUUUGUUCUGUGCCAUUCCAUCGCAGGUGGUACAGGUUCUGGCAUGGGUUCAUUUAUGCUCGAAUCUUUGGCAGACAGAUUUCCAAAGAAAUUGAUUGAAACAUAUAGUGUUUUUCCAAACCAAGAUGAAAUAAGUGAUGUAGUAGUACAACCAUACAACUCAUUAUUAACUCUGAAGAGAUUAACACAAUGUGCAGAUUGUGUUGUUGUUUUAGAUAAUACUGCACUGAAUAGAAUUGCUUCAGAUAGACUGCACAUUCAAAAUCCUAGUUUUACACAAAUUAAUAAACUUGUUUCCACUAUAAUGUCUGUGAGCACAACUACACUUCGAUAUCCUUCUUACAUGAACAAUGAUUUAGUUGGUUUAAUUGCUCCAUUAAUUCCAACACCACGUUUACAUUUUCUCAUGACAGGGUAUACCCCACUCACCACAGAUCAAGAAGGUGCUUCUGUAAGAAAAACUUCUGUAUUGGAUGUAAUGAGACGUUUAUUGCAACCAAAAAAUAUGAUGGUUUCUACAGCAUUGGAUAGGAAUGCGUCUCAUUGUUAUAUAUCUAUCUUAAAUAUUAUUCAAGGAGAAGUAGACCCAACGCAAGUUCACAAAUCAUUACAAAGAAUUAGGGAAAGAAAAUUAGCACAGUUUAUACCCUGGGGUCCUGCUAGUAUACAAGUAGCUCUAUCAAGAAAAUCCCCUUAUAUACAAAGCACACACAGAGUAUCUGGUUUAAUGUUAGCUAAUCAUACUAACAUAUCAUCAUUAUUUGACCGUGCUUUACAACAAUACGAUAAAUUACGGAAACGGGAAGCAUUCUUGGAACAAUUUCGUAAAGAAAAAAUGUUUGAAGACAAUUUAGACGAAUUGGAUAAUUCUAGAGAAGUCGUUGAAUAUUUGGUAAAAGAAUAUCAAGCAGCUACGCGAGUCGAUUAUUUAUCCUGGAAUCCUAACAAAGCAGAUGUAUAAAAUUCUUAAUAAGAUUAUUCUA